AUGAUGCUGAGAAUGCUACGAGCAAGAAGGAGGAUCUUGAAAUAUCCUAUUUUACUUGUUGUGUUUGGUUUGAUUGUUUUUGGGAUACGCCAAACACGGCAUGAUGGAUCUGACAGUUCAGGACAUCCCCCAGCUGAACCAGCGAUCAAUGAUGGAGGCUUGGAAAAGUUUAAUGAAAUACAAAAAAAAAUCAUUCAAGGCCUAGAUGCGAAGCCUGCUAAACCACCCAUCAUUGAACAACCAUUUGUUGAACAAAAACCAGAAAAAGUGGUGCCACGGAAACCAAUCAAAAGCCCUGCUAAUAAGUUUGACUUGGAAAUUGCUGCUGAUCUUAACAAAAUUGAAAAUGGCCUUGGUGCUGGUGGCAAAGCGGUGAAGCUUUUUGGUGCAGAGCUGCAAGAGGCUGAAGAAAUCAUGAAGAAAGAAGCUUUUAAUCUAUUUAUUAGUAAUAGAAUUUCUUACAACCGAACACUGCCUGACGUGAGAGAUUCCAUGUGCAAAGGACUUACCUACGACACGAUAUUACCUAGCGCUAGCGUUAUCAUUAUUUUCACGAAUGAAGCUUGGUCUCCGUUAAUAAGGACUAUUUGGAGCGUCAUCAAUCGAUCUCCUCACCAAUUCCUUAAAGAAAUCUUGUUGAUCGAUGACUUCAGCGAUCGUGUCGAGCUUCAAGGCAAGCUAGAGAGGUACAUAGAAACACAACUCCCCUCCAUAGUCAGGCUAGUCAGACUAAAAGAGAGGCAAGGUCUCAUAAGAGCUCGGUUGGCAGGUGCAAAAGAAGCAACUGGAGAAGUCAUCAUAUUCCUUGAUUCUCACUGUGAGGCGACUCUUGGAUGGUUAGAACCCUUACUACAGCGGAUUAAAGAAGACAAGCGUGCAGUACUUGUGCCGAUUAUAGAUGUUAUUGACGAUAAAACUUUAGAGUAUUACCACGGAUCUCCGGAAAGCUUUCAGAUUGGUAGCUUUACGUGGUCGGGUCAUUUUACGUGGAUGGACAUUCCCAAAAGAGAGAUCAAACGCAGAGGCAGUCGAGUGGGACCCACCAACAGUCCGACGAUGGCAGGGGGUCUCUUUGCUAUUGACAGGCAGUAUUUCUGGGAUCUUGGGUCGUAUGAUGAAGGAAUGGAUGUAUGGGGAGGUGAAAAUUUGGAAAUGUCCUUCAGAAUUUGGAUGUGUGGUGGCAGUCUCGAAACCAUUCCCUGUAGCCGCGUUGGCCACAUUUUCAGGUCUUUCCACCCGUACACAUUCCCUGGUAACAAAGAUACCCACGGAAUUAACACUGCUCGCGUAGUAGAAGUCUGGAUGGACGAUUACAAAGAACUUUUCUACAUGCAUCGAGGUGAUUUAAAAACAAUCGAUAUAGGCGAUACCUCUGCACGCAAAAAACUGCGUAAAGAUCUGAAAUGUAAAAGUUUCAAGUGGUAUCUUGAGAAUGUUUUACCCGACAAGUUUAUCAUGACUGAACAUUCGCUGGGUUACGGCAGGGUUAUGAAUGACGCUUUUGGGAAGCAAUUAUGUCUGGACAACUUGCAGCGAAACGAAGACCAACCGUACAAUUUAGGACAGUAUCCUUGUCAUGCUCAGAUGGCUAUGAGUCAAGUUUUCGCUUUAAGCAAGCUGGGCCAGUUGCGUCGCGAGGAAUCGUGUGCCGAAGUACAAGAUAACGUCUCUGCUGAAGCACCAGUCAAGAUGGCAGGUUGCCAAGUGGAUCCGCCAGAAGACCAAAAGUGGACGUUGUCUGAGAACGGUGAAAUAAUUCACCAGCAAACAGGCAAGUGCUUAGACAGAGGGGACAACAUGGAACAGUCUGAUGUUACCGUGCGAGAAUGCAACAAUGGUCCCUCACAAAUCUGGAAAUUUGAUCAUUUUUACAAACAAUGAAACAUCGCAACGCUCUCUCAAAACAAAGAAGAACUUACCAUUCUUUACCUCUCGGGAACUGGGCUCGCAUUUGAAUAUUUUUAAAGUCCAUCUAAGUCAUGCGACAGCUAAAUUCCAACUUGAAUUCCAAAAUUUAAACAAUGUUAACAUGUCAGAUUUUUUUUUUUUGCAUUCUCAAACAGAUUUUUAUCCUAAUAAUUGAAUUGGUAAAUCGGUAUUUUCGUAAUCACUUUAUUUUCGUAAUUCGACUUGAAAUUACUGCCAAGUCUUUUUUUUACGAUGGUGCCUUUUUCCAUCGCUCAAAGUGGCCUUCAUACGUGUUUACAGAAAUCCGUUGUUUAAACUUUCCAUAUUUAAUUGGUUUAUAAUAAUUACAUAUCACUAGGUGUACGGUUACGGUUAUUUUUCGCUUUAGCGAAAUACACGUAAUUGUCAUAACCAUAAAA